AUGGACGACGCCCGCGCCGGCGCAAUGGUCUCCCCACGACGACGGCGGGAAGUGCGAGGCUCCGGCGAGUCGUUCCCUCGCAUGCGACGCACCACCUCCAACAUCUCCUCGACUUCCUCCGACAUGCUCGUUGCCGUGGCCGGCCGCAGCCAAGACGCAUCCCAACAGUCUCCACGAACCAGCAAUCACUUCACCAUUCCCGUAUCGAGGAACUUGGCUCGGAAUCAGCAGACGAGACCUUUCGGAACCACCGUCGGAAUGGACGGCAGCAUACUCAAGGUCCGCUUCGGUUCCCGCGUCAGCAAAGAACGCUUCCGUGUCAUCCUCCGUGCCAAACCAAGACCCGUGUCUGUUGCGUCCAAAUCAGCCUUCUCGGCUGCACCCGGCCAACUCAUUCGGGAUGAAGUCGAACAGGGACCCAACCGCCGCGGCACCUAUUCCAAGGAGUACACCCUCCAGCAUCCGGACAUCAAAUUCGUCCACCGCGGUCAAGGCCGAUACGUCCCGGCAUCCGACCUCAGUCAAGCUUCACCGGCAACUACACCUGUACCUCUUUCUCGCCCGCGAAGGUAGACUGCCACGCACUUCAGAUUCCAAGUUGCACAAUCGCUAACUCGAAGCAGACAAGUGAGGGAUCACACUCCCGCAUCCGAAGCAAUCGAUACAGACACCUUUGACCGCAUGAUCCAAAGCCUCGAAGAUCACUUCGACGCUUUCCGCCGCAAGAACAACCCCUCUGCAAAAGAGAAAUGGAGUCCUUCCUUCAGGCACCAAUACCAACUAAUCCUCAACCACCUCAAGAAGACUCCUCGCCAAUCAUGGCCCGAAGCAAUCCAAGGCAUCCGGGAUAUCGGCAGUCGAAACUGCGUCUACGAAUGGAACCGGGAGAUGGACCAGCACUUUCCCGUUGAUCCUCCAAGUGAAGCAGCCGACGAGACCGAAGGAGCUCGGGCCCGCCUUUCACGCCGCGCCAAGAACACUCUCCCUCCCAUCGAGGGCCGCCGCAGUCAGCGCAUCAGCGACAUUCCCAGAAACCCAUACCUUGAUUCAGAUGAGGACGACGAGGAAGAAUCCACCGAGGAAUCCGAAGACUCUCCCGAUCCUGACCAAACAUACACAAAGGAAUACGUCGAUGCGCAUCCCAACGAAAAGUUUCAUCACACCGGCAAUGGUUGGUAUAAGCGAGGCCCGCGAUCAAACGAAUCGACAGCAUCAUCUGAACGCCGCGACUCCACUGCGUCUCGACCAGUGAGACACAGCGUGGGCGACAUCACAGACAACACCACCGUUAAGAGCGAACAGCUGCAUCUCUACCCCGGUCUGACAUUCCACCACAAAGGCAACGGCUGGUACAAAGUCGGAAUGGCUCCAGACGGCAGACGAGGAAGCAUUGUGAUAUCAGCAGAAGGCAAGCCCAUCAAACGUGACCAGCUUCCCGAGAACAGUGCGCAGAUGACCAAGCAUAACAUGCUCUUGCUGGAUGAGAACGCAACAGUCAACAGAGACUUCACACUGAGGUAUCCACACAUCGAAUGGAUACACCGUGGCCAGGGCCGUUACAAGCGGAAGAGUGCAGUGUUUGGUAACAGCACGCCUGUUGCAUCCUCCGAGCGCCACUCAAGCAAGGCGGAGAACAGCUCCAGCAAAGAUUACGCGGAAUCAUUCACCAGUGCAGACUUGCGCCGCGCGAGCGACCGGAGACGCAGCUCCAAGACAGUUACCGACGCCCUCGGCACGGAGCUGGAAGAGAUUGUUGAUAAAGACUACGUCGAUGCGCUUCCGGAAGGAAAAUCCCAGCUCCGUGGGCAGGGUCGCUACGCGCGAGGAAACAAACCAAGUGCACCAAGCACGACCAUGGAUGACGAGCCGGGCGCAGAUGGUCUCGUCAGCACUUCAUACGUCGAGAGACAUCCCGACGAGACAUUCCACCACCGUGGGCAAGGGAAGUGGGCUAGAGGCCUGCCGCCACCGGACGCUUCUAAUAAGACGGCUAUUCGCGGACCCGGAGCUCAGGUCAAGACCGCUACACCCAAGACAGGUGAGGAGAACGAGGCUGGAGAGAAGCCGCCACCGCUCAACGCGCUCCUUAGAAAGGACGAAGGACCGAUGCGUUGGCCGCAUCUUCACUGGAUCUAUCGUGGCGGCGGCAAAUGGUGUCGCCAAACCAAAGAGGAGGCGCAGAGGACGGCGAAUCCUGGACAAGGAACAGGACAGCCGAAAAUUACGACUGCGAGAGCAAGGACCGAUGGCCCAGAAGCCCAACUUCAGCGAGAAGCGCUGGCUGCCGAGAAUGCAGAUGGAGUAGGACGAGUGCCACUCUACCUGCAACGACCCGCAAAGAUUGUUCGGAAGCGCAGCGCAAUGAGCGCCGCAAAUGAAGACAACGGCAUCCGAUCCAAGGCCUCGUCCAACUGUCGGUCAAAGGCACCCACUCCACGUCCACCGCUCUUGCCUCCAGAGGCGGAUCAGGUUACUGAGGAAGACCUGCCGAGCCUCUACAAGGACGAGUGGUCUGAGCCCGAAGAAGACGAGCUCGACGAGCCUGACAAGAUCAUCCGGAAGACCUUUGACCAAAUUGUGGGCGCGGAGCCUUUCGUCAAAGCCUUGACCAAGCACGACCCCGCAGUGCGCUCUCUCGACUCACUCAAGUUGAUUGCAGGAAACGCCCAGCAAGCACUCAGAGCACUCCAGGACGAAUACCUGCAGCUUGACGUUGUUGUAUCUCAGCAGCCAAUGCAUGGCAAGAAGGAGCGAAGGCCAGUCAAGGGAGGAAGGCAGACAGUCGAGCAUGAUGUCUGGGAAGACAAGAAGGAGGCCAUGCUGUAUGAUUACAACUUCGACCCCCGCAAGAUCGGCUACCAAGAUCCCGACGCUCAGAGAAUCCAGCGUGAUGAGGAAGGCCGCGAGCUACGCCGUCGUCGCCGGAAUGAUCUCCACGCCACCGCAGUCGAUUAUGGAGAUGGCGAAAUGACAUCUCGUCGCCGCAUCAAACCCGUCUCACGCUUCGACGGAGUCGUAGUUCCCCCACCACGCAAGCGAUCCCGCCUUGCCGCAAACACCGACGACGGCGCUUCUCCCACCGCCGACCCAUCACCAAACAUGACACCCGAACGGAUCAACACCCCCGUCCCAAACGCCUCCGCCCCAGCCACCGUCGACUCCCAAACGCGCGGCCGCAAAGACAUCUUCCCCAAACGCAUCCGCGAACUCCGCGGCGAGAGCGUCGGCUCCACCCGCAGCGACAACAGCAAUGCCUCCUCCUCGCUGACCAAGCCCGCCGGAAUCCGCAAGGGACGACCACCCGGCAGCAAGAAUCAGCAUAAGCGCAAAGACGCCGGGAUCAAAAAGGGACCGCGGAAACCCAAGGUGAACAGCGUGGAGCCUGAAGCAGGAGAGCCGAUGGACGGGGUCGUGCCUGCUAUCGUGGAGAAUCCCUCCGACGACAUGCCCGCUGCUGCUGCUGCGGCGCCGGACCAUCCCAUGGGCAUGGGAGAGGCUGUCACCAAGGCUUUCUCGCUCGCUGCUGCGAGAGCAUGA